GAUAUUGCACAAAGAAAAGUUGGCAACAUAAAAAGGACAAGUCAGUUUUAUCACUUUUAUCAAACAAACCAUCACAACAGCGAUGAGGUUACGAGAAAUUAUUUUAGAUUUCUGAAUGAAGAUUAGUAAAUUAAAAAAUAAAUUAUGUUCAAAAGAGUAGCUUUAGGUAUCUCUGGAGGUGUAGACAGUGCAGUUGCGGCUUUACUGCUUAAAAGAGCAGGAUACCAGGUGGAAGGAGUUUUUAUGAGAAAUUGGGAUAACAACUAUGAAGCUGGUUUUUGUUCAGAUGAAAGAGACUUUGAAGACGCGAUUUACGUAUGCCGAAAACUAAACAUACCUCUACAUAGAGUGUAUUUUAUUAAAGAAUACUGGAACGAAGUAUUUUCCGUGUUACUUCAGGAAUAUGAAACAGGAUUAACUCCUAAUCCCGAUAUACUUUGCAAUAGAUACAUCAAAUUUGAUAGCUUUUAUCAACAUUGUAAAAAUAAUCUAGGAAUUGAUGUGAUUGCCACUGGACAUUAUGCGAACACAUCAUUUGGCCCAUAUCUGGAAAAAUACAAUGAAAAUGAAAGUGUCAAAUUGUUACAACCUACAGAUAAAUUUAAGGAUCAGACUUUCUUCUUGUCUCAAGUGAAACAAUUUUCUUUGAGGAAAUGUAUGUUCCCUUUAGCAAAUUUAUUAAAAACUGAAGUCCGAGACAUGGCUUUAAAAGAAGGUCUUAUCAAUGUGGCUAAGAAAAAAGACAGCACCGGUAUAUGUUUUAUUGGUAAGAAGAAAUUUCAAGAUUUCAUAGAAGAAUACAUCCAAGCAAAGAAGGGUCUUUUCAUAGACAUUGACACUGGGCAAGUGGUGGGGGAACAUAGUGGAUUACAUAAAUGGACAGUUGGACAAAGAUGUUGCUUAGCAAACUGGAAAGAUGCAUACUUUAUAUACAAGAAGGACUUAAGUACAAACAAUAUUUAUGUGGUACCAGGAACAAAACACCCAGCAUUAUGGAAUCACAUAUGCUUCACCGGAUCUCCUCAUUGGAUAAGCAGUGAACCUAUGGAGUUAAUUGACAAUAAUGUACUAAAUUGUUACUUUAGGUUUCAACAUACAAAACCUUUGACCCCCUGUAAAGUUGUAAAAAAUGAUAAUGGACUAACAAUAAUACUAGAAAACAAAUUAAGGGCAAUCACUGAGGGUCAAUAUGGAGUAUUUUAUAAAGAUGGUGUAUGUCUAGGUAGUGCAAAAAUCCGUGAUGUUUGUCAUAAUCUCUGGUAAAUGAUUUUUAAAGUUAGAUUGCAGUAGCUAAAUAAUAAAAAAAAAACCUAUUAUGUA